UCUUAGAGAUUGCCAUUUCAAAUCACCAUUGAAGCUAUCUUGUGCUUUAGUAGACACAAGGUAAGGGCGUGUGGCUUGAAAUCUACCCAAGAAAGAGCAGUCGAUAUUUACAGAAAAUGUCUCUAUUAGUGCCUUCUGUCCAUGAACUUUCAAAGCAACCCAUCACCAAAGUUCCAGAGCAAUAUCUUCAACCAAAUCAAGAGCCUCCUAUUUCUAAUACAGAAACUUUACCGCAAAUUCCAGUCAUUGACUUCAAUAUAUUGUUAUCUGGAGAUGUAACAGAGCUACAGAAGCUUGACCAUGCAUGCAAGGAGUGGGGUUUCUUCCAGUUGGUUAAUCAUGGAGUCAAUCCUGUAUUGGUGGAAAAUGUGAAAAGGGAUGUUGAAGAGUUCUUAAAUCUUCCAAUGGACAAGAAGAAGCAAUUUUGGCAAACCCCAGAAGAUAUACAAGGGUUUGGUCAGUUGUUUGUUGUAUCUGAGAAUCAAAAGCUAGAAUGGGCAGACAUGUUCUUCAUUCAAACUCUUCCAUCAUAUGCAAGGAUUCCACGCUUAUUUCCUAACCUUCCCCAACCGUUGAGAGAUAAUUUAGAGAAGUACACAUUAGAAGUGAAAAAACUUUGCAUCACAAUCAUUGAUCGUAUGGCAAUAGCACUUAACAUAGAACCAAAUGAAGUGCUGGAUUUGUUUGAAGAUUUAUCUCAAGCAAUGAGGUGGAAUCAAUACCCUCCAUGUCCUCAACCAGAAAAUGUCAUUGGAUUGAAACCUCAUUCUGAUGCUGGUGCCCUUACCAUCCUUCUUCAAGGUAAUGAAGUAGAUGGCCUACAAAUAAAAAAAGAUGGAAAGUGGAUUCCUGUGAAACCCCUCUCAAAUGCUUUUGUUGUCAAUGUUGGAGAUACUAUAGAGAUAUUAACAAAUGGAAUCUACCGGAGCAUAGAGCAUCGAGGAACAAUUAACUCAGAGAAAGAAAGAAUUUCCAUUGCUACAUUUCACCGACCUCAAUGGAACAAAAUUAUAGGUCCAUCACCAAGCCUUGUCACUCCUGAAAGGCCUGCAUUGUUCAGAAGAGUUUCUGUUGAAGAUUACUAUAAACCAUUCUUCUCCCGUGAGCUACAAGGAAAAUCAUGCCUUGAUAUCAUUAGGAUUCAAAAUUAGAUUGGCAAUAACAAAAGUAUAAGAAGGAUUUGGCUUAGGAUGAAAAAAUAAAACAUCAACUUGCUCCUUAAGUAUGACUCUGCCAAUAUAUUUAGUCCUUCAAAAUAAUGAAUAAAAAAUCAAUCUAGUUUCUAAAAUUGACACCAUCCAUCAAUUUAGUUCAUUACAUUACGAAUAAAUAAAUCUAGUCUCUGAGUAAUAUGGUUUGUUUGAUUUGCAUGGACCAAAUUGACAGAUAGUUAAUCAAGGAUUAAAUUGAUUGAUUCAAUAAUAUUAAGAGUUGAAUUAUUGCCUUGGGUGUCAAUUUCAAAAUCUAAGUUGAUUGAUUGUUGUGAACUAAAUUUACUCUUAUAUAAUAUCAUAUAGACCAAAUUAUUAGUUGUGUCUACUGU